GGUGAAAGGUCAAUGUUGUGUUGAGGGAGAGGAACUAAUGCGCGUCUGGUGCAUUUACAGUAUAGCGUGCGGCAGCAACGUGACGUUUCUGAAAACCAACCAAAUGGCAUAAGUUGAAGGGAUCUAACUAAAGGAAUGGCAAACAAAGUGGACAGACAACAUGGUGAGAAUUUGGCUGCAGAGCAGCAGAAUUCUAGCAACCAAACAAAAAGCGUGGACUGGACUGUCAUUGCCCUCACCUGCCAGUACAAGGAUAGUAUUUAUGCUUUUCAAAGAGAACUUGAAAUCCGCCAACACAAAGGAUCCAUUGCUCCUGAUGUAGUUCUUCUCACUGUGGAGGAUCCACAGACUCGUGUUGGUAGUGGUGGUGCCACCCUCAAUGCAUUGCUGGUAGCUGCAGAACAUCUCAGUGCCAAGGCGGGAUAUACGGUUGUCACCUCUGAUGUACUGCAGACAGCACGAAUACUGAUCCUCCACAUGGGCCGAGACUUUCCCUUUGAUGACUGUGGACGUUCGUUCACCUGUUUGCCAAUGGAAAACUGCGACAGCAAAGCAGAAGCCCUCGUCUGUAACAUCGAUGUUCUGCUGCACAUCAUGACAUAUAAGUUGGGACCAGGUUGUCCACCAGGCGUGUGGGUCUGCAGCACAGAUAUGAUCCUGACUGUCCCCUCCUAUCCAGAUAUUUGCUGGGAAGGAUUUAGUGGUGUCAAAGUGGUGUCUGUCCCUGGCACAGUCAGUUAUGCCAGGAAUCAUGGCGUCUACCUUAUUGACCAAGAGGGUUACGUCUGUGACAUCAUCUAUAAAGGGACGGAAGACAGGAUAAAAGAAUGUGCAUUAUCGGAUGGUAGAGUACCUCUGGUAUCAGGCAUUGUAUUCUUCUCGUGGGAGACUGCUGAGAAACUCCUGGCCACACAUGUGACUCCUCCUCUGGACUCCUGCACCUAUAUGGGUCUGGACUCGGGGACACGUCCUAUUCAGCUGUCUAUUUUCUUUGACAUCUUGCUCUGCAUGGCACGACAUUCUUGUGAAGACAUCUUUGUGAACAAAGCAGGUCAAAUUCUGCAGAGCAGUGACAUUGCAAAGCCCAGCAUGACGAAUAGCAGUGAUAUAGCCAUCAUGAGGAGUGCCAGAGCUGUGCUGUGGCAGGAACUCCGUGGAAUUCCCAUCACUGUAGCCUACAUAAUUGAUGGUUGCUAUGACUAUAUGAGCUUGUCGGCAGAUGAUCACAUACAGAACUUGACGCGGAGGGGGAUCAUGUCGAGCUGUUUCGUGGCCCGUCACAUUGUACAUUCUGAGCUCACACAUCCUGCGCUGGUGCACAAGGACUGUUCUGUCAUCAACAGCCUGCUGGAUGGGGAGAUCGCGAUUGAGCCAAACAGUGUUGUCCAACAUUGCCACCUGCAGGGGUCCAUUCAUUUAAGAUCUGGCUGUCUUCUUUCGGGAGUGGACUUGAUGUCAGCAGCUGUCCUCAGCCAGUACCAGCUCUGUAAUGUAAUCAUCCAGGGACGACACAUCAGGUUGCGGGACCUAAAACUGAAGAUCUUCAGCAUCACAGGGUGUCAGGAUGAUCUGCAGCUUCGGAUCUACAUGGAUGAAACAUGCUCAACACAGGUUCCUUUCGCCAGUGAUUCCUCCACUUUCCUGAACAUCCCGUGGGCAACAUUUUUUUCAAGGACAGGAAUAAAGAAAGAGGAGCUGUGGGACCCCAGCAUUCCUGAAGGCGACCAGUGCCUGCUUAAUGCUCGGCUCUUUCCAAUCCUGCACGUUUCGGAACCUAUUGGGAUAGAGGACGUGCUGUGGUUUCUGGAAUCAGAGAGAGGACAGUUCUUGAGCAAGUGGCAGUCCGCUUGGCGCCUAUCGAUGAGAGAAGUCCUGAACUGUCUGGACCAGCAAGCUGAGCUCGCUUGGCGACAGCAGCUCUUCCUUAACCAGGCUCAGCAUAAAAUCCAGAGUACACUACUGGGCCGCAAAGACAACAGCCUCUGGCCUCUGAUCAGGGCAGCCGUUUGUGAAGGUCAUGAGCAGCAGAUCCUUAACACUCUCGAUACAGUUGCUACUACCACUGAGGACCUGGGCAUCGCAGCCCGAACCCUCGCCUGUGUUGCUGAUGUCUUGGGUUGCAUGGCUGGAGGGCAAGGAGGGCUCCGGAGUGGACCUGCUGCUAACCCAGCAUGGACUGAUGCUUUCCACCUACUGGAAAGCAGGAAUGUGGUGCUUGGAGUGAAGAGACUGGCGGAGGAGAGGGCCAAAUGGCUGAACAGGCCAGACCUUCUGGUGAGGGCAGCCCGUCAUUAUGAGGGAGCGGAACAGAUCCUAAUCCGACAGGCUGUGAUGUCAGCACGAAGGUUCAUCUCCAUGGGCCAGGGAGAGCUUCCUCCCAUGAAUCACUGGGUGGUAGCAGAAUGCCCUGCCCGUAUUGACAUCUCAGGUGGCUGGAGUGACACACCUCCGAUAACAUAUGAGCAUGGAGGAGUGGUGCUGGAUAUCGCCGUUCUAGUGGACAAGUGCAAACCAGUUGGUGCAAAAGUGCGUCGCAUAGCAGAGCCCAAGCUGCACUUAGUCCUGAACAGUGGAAGCAAAGAGACAGGAAUGAGCAUGGAGAUAGUGUGUCGGACUCUGGAGGAUCUGCGGGACUACUCUCAGCCACGUGCACCAGGUGCCUUGUUGAAAGCAGCCUUUAUCUGCACAGAAAUUAUACGCUACCCUUCGCAGGUGUUGCUGCAGGAUCAGUUAAUGUCGGGGUUUGGUAGUGGCUUUGAGCUUCACACUUGGUCCAAUCUGCCACACGGAUCUGGCCUCGGUACAAGCAGUAUCCUUGCAGGGGCAGUGAUGGCAGCUCUGAUCACAGCUGCUGGGAAAACCUGCAACACCUCGUCCCUCAUCCAUGCCGUUCUUCACCUGGAGCAGAUGCUGACAACAGGUGGAGGCUGGCAGGACCAAGUCGGAGGUCUAGUGCCUGGUAUCAAGAUUGGUCGGUCCAAGUCCCAGUUGCCGCUGCGAGUAGAUGUUGAGCGCAUUGCAGUGACUGACGCCUUCGUGAAGACUCUGAAUAACCACUUGCUGCUGGUGUACACGGGGAAGACGAGACUCGCACGCAAUCUUCUACAGGAUGUACUGAGGAGUUGGUAUGCCAGAGUGCCCAGUAUUGUGGAGAAUGCGGAUGCGCUGAUCAGGAAUGCAGAGGAAUGUGCUCAAGCUUUUAUCAAAGGUGACCUCCCCUGGAUUGGCCAAUGUUUGAACACUUACUGGCAGCAGAAGAAAUGCAUGGCUCCUGGGUGUGAGCCCUCUGCCGUCCGACAAAUAAUGACUGUCCUCCAGCCCCACGUACACGGGCAGAGCCUGGCUGGGGCAGGCGGUGGAGGCUUCCUUUACCUUCUGACUAAGGAACCUCAACAGAAAGACACCAUCGAGAGGAUACUGAGAACAAGCAAGGGUUUGGGAAACUUCAGUGUCCAUGCAGUGGAAAUAGAUGAGACUGGACUCACUGUGCGUUUGAGUGGAGCUGGGGGAGAAUGAAUCCUACACGAACUAUCUAACACACCAUCUCCUGCCUUACAAAAUAAUUUUUGGGUUUAACCAACAUAACGCACAAAACGUGGACUAUUAUAGAUAAACAGACAGAAAUCACUGGGUGUAAUAACAUUUAAGUGAAUUUCAAAUCAUUGGAUCAACUUUUCUGAAGAUAAAGUUUAUUUUUAUGAAGCCAAAAUGUCAGAAUCAUUCUGGUAUAUGCUACAAGCACUGGUAAUGAGCUGAAAGCAAAUCCUCAACAAUUCAGAAUGAUACUGCCACUGGCUGGAUGAGGUAUAAAUGUUUUAUAACUCAAUUCACACUCCAGAAUUACUUUGAAACACUCAUGAAGUGCCACGAUACGAUAGCAAUCAGUUGCUUUUCAUUGGGAAUUUAUAUUUUUCAUCAUUAAGGAUUAUUCAUUAAACGAUCUGGGCAUUGCUGGCUGGACCAACAUUAUAGGUUGAGAGUGUUAGCAGCUGACUUGCAGAAGGUGGUGGUGGUGGGCUAGUUUUCUGUACCACUGCAGUCUGUAUAGUGUAGUGCUAUUAGUAAAGGAAUUCUAGGAACAGCAAUGUAUUUCCACGUCAGGAUGGUAGGUGGCUGAGAGAGAAUCUUGCAGGUGUUGAUGCUCCUGUCGCGUUAGAACGUUAGUUAAGACAUUAGGUGAACUCACUGCUGUUGUAAAUAGUGUCAUAGGAUUAUUAAUUUUCAUCAGACCAGGUAGGUGAGGCUUUGAUUCAACAAUUCAUCCUCAAGCUGCAUGAGGGAGUACGGAGGGAGCCCCCUUAGAUUAAGCCAACUUUUCAGUUUAUUUUUGCAUGAGACAGGAAUGAAUAAUUGUUGUAAUUCAUUCACAUAUUCUUUAAAUAUUAACCAUUGCUUAUCCAUCAGUUAUUUUAAAAAAAAAUCAGUCAAUUCCUCUAAUCCAUCUUUGGCACUUUGUACCUUACAUCCAUUUGGUUCAGCUACAAUUAUUUCAACCUCAUCUUAAUAAAGAACGCAUCACUCUUCACAAAG